AAAAAAGCAAUUCAAAAUUUGACAAAAACAAAACAAAAAAAUCGAAAUCGAAAUCAAGAUUCUAGGGCUUGUGCUGUGACUCCGAGGUGCAAUCGAACUUCAAUGGACGACAUGGCAGCCUACUACGCUCAGAACCAACCGCCGAAUCUCCUAACUUAUCAGUAUUAUCCACCGCCGCCGCCUCCUCCUCAUCAACCCAUGGCGGUGAUACCACCGCCCCCUGGUGCUCCACUACCGCCGCCGCCGCACCACCACCACCUUCCGCCACAGUACCACCCGCAACAACCCGUCUAUGGUUCUUACGUUCCUCCUCUAUCUUCAUCCAACGAUGUUCGCACUCUCUUCAUCGCUGGUCUUCCCGAAGAUGUUAAGCCCCGCGAAAUCUACAAUCUCUUCCGAGAAUUUCCCGGUUACGAGUCAUCGCAUCUUAGAAGUCCCAACAAUUCAUCGCAGGCGUUUGCUUUUGCUGUUUUUUCGAAUCAGCAAUCUGCAAUCAUGGCAUUGCAUGCUCUUAAUGGGAUGGUCUUUGAUCUUGAAAAGGGUUCCACUCUAUAUAUUGAUCUGGCUAAAUCGAACUCUAGAGCUAAACGUGCAAGGAUAGAUGAUGAGAGAGCUGGCUCAGAUAAGAAAGCUCGAGGAUCAGCACCUUCAUGGCCAACUCCUGAUUCUGCAGGUGUUAGCAGCAUUCACAUGCCUGGAAUGGGUAAUCCUGCUUUCAACACGAACAUGAUUGGUUAUCCACCUGCACAAAGUCAUGGAAAUGCUGACGGGUUUGCUCUUCAUGACAGUCUAUUUCCACAUCUGAAAAAGUGUUCAACUCCUUACAUUCCAACAAAUACAAUCCCAUGCGCGACUUUAUUUGUAGCUAAUCUGGGGCCAACUUGUAAUGAACAAGAGCUAAAUCAAGUAUUUUGCAGGUUCCCUGGAUUUCUGAAACUGAAGAUGCAAAGCACAUAUGGGGCUCCUGUUUCAUUUGUAGAUUUCAAGGAUGUUGAGACUGCAACCGCCGCCUUAAACAGUCUGCAAGGCACCAUUCUUUAUUCCUCAGCGGCUGGCGAAGGAAUGCGUUUAGAAUAUGCCAAAUCGCGGAUGGGUAUGCGGAGGAAGACGAAGUAAAUUAUGUGCUAGGAAAUGGAAAAGAAAAAAUCAAAAGGAAAAGUUAACAAUGGAGAAGUCACUCUAGUCUCUAUUUGCUGCAUUAUAUAUUUUUUUAUUUCUAGGUGCAAUAGAAUGGAAGCUGCUGAGUGGAAUUGUUCAAGACUUAAUUUUCAGUUUCUAUUUCAGAUUUAAAUUCUUGUAUUUGUCUAUGUAUUUGAGAGUUCCCUUUGUAAAUUUCGUAUAGAAGCUAUUUUUAAAUUUUGGUGGGUUAUCAAGAUUAAUACAAGUUGUGUAUUUUAAAAUUUGUUAGUAUUAUAUUUAUUUUUGUAUUA